AUCUGGUAAUCCUAGACUUCUUACUGUGGUGCCGUCUUCCGCCGUCUGCCGCCGUAUACUACCGCCGUCGUCGUCAUUUUUCAAGCGCCAUCCAUGGGAAGCAUCAGCGCUUUGCAUUAUCUGAAACCAACAAGAACUGCCAAUGGUACUUCCUUGUUCAAUUUCAGUAAAAAUCGCAUUUCCCAAUUACCAGUGGCUUUUCGAAGCUACACCGUGAAAUCGAGUGUUCUAGAACCUCCAGAUGUUCCACGUUUGGCUGAAACUGCUCGAAUAUCACUAAAUUCACAAGAAAUUGAAGAAUUCGCUCCCAAAAUUCGACAAGUUAUAGAUUGGUUUGGACAACUUCAAGCUGUUGAUUUACAGAGUAUUGAGCCAGCGAUUAGGGCAGAUACUGAAGGAGAUAAUUUGCGUGGAGACGUACCUGAGAAGUUUGAGAAUAGAGAAGAACUGAUUUCUGCUGUGCCAAGCUUUGAGAAUCCUUACAUCAAAGUUCCCAAAGUCCUCAAUAAGGAGUGAUGUUGUUGUUUAGGUAAUUCUCAUUUCAUCACUCCAAAAUCUUUUUUUACAAGAUGUAUUUUGAUGCAAUGUAUAAUUGUUUCGAUCAGCUUGCACACAACUCGAUUAAUUAUGAGCUACUUUGGAUAACCGAUUGAAUUGUGUUAUUGAAACUUCUUGACUGAGUAAAGUAUUUCAGAUAUGGUCGUAAAUUGGAUUUA